AUGGACAUUCUCAAUGCAUUUCAUCGUUUACCACAAAUCAGUUAUUUCGGUGUUCGACGCGAUGACGACUUUGCUGAUCGAUUAAACUACAAAUACACUGUUGGUCUAUUGAUAUUCUUCUCUAUUAUCAUCGCUAGUAAACAAUUUUCCAACGACCAUAUUCAAUGUUGGGUUCCUGCAAUCUUCACUCGAAAUUACGAGAUCUAUGUUUCAAAUUACUGUUGGAUUCACAAUACGUAUCAUGUAAAUAUAAGCGAAGCAAGCGUUCAACGAUCGAAUGAGAAGCAUUACGUUCUGAGAUACUAUCAGUUUGUUCCAUUUAUUCUACUUAUUCAAGCAUUAUUAUAUUUACUUCCACGUUUAUGUUGGCGUUCAUUUAGUCGUCAUUCUGGACUUGACGUUCGAAAUCUAAUGGACGCAGCACAUAAUUUAAAAACAGUUAAACGAUUUCAUAAGCAUAAGACGAUCAUGACUUAUCUGGUUUCGUUGAUUCACCAAUACGUUGGCGAUCCACGAAAGAAAAUUAAGCAAGAAAAUAGUCGAAUAAACGCUUAUAUACAAGGCAUUCUUCAUUGUAUCAUUGGCACAACGAAUACAUUUAAUUCUUAUUUAUUUCUACUUUAUUUAUUUAUUAAAAUCUUGUUUAUUAUCAGUACAUUCGUUCAGUUGUACGCCAUACGUCUUCUACUGGAACAAAAAUGGACUGUGAACGAAACGAUGAAAAGUUUCCGACAAAUAUUUUCAGGUGGAAUCUUAAAAACGAAUCCACUCUCGAAAUAUUUCCCUAAAAUUAGCAUGUGUGAUUUUCGUAUUAUCGAACCGAACAGCGAUGAUGGACAUAAAUACACCGUACAGUGUGUUCUGACGAUUAAUGUUUACAAUGAACAAAUCUUCACUGUUCUAUAUAUUUGGAUGAACAUCGUUCUUGUCAUUACAGUUUAUGAUUUUCUUUCUUGGUGCAUAUUUUUACUCUUUCCACGACUUCGUUAUUCAUUCUUUACCCAACGUAUUCAUACACAGCAAAGUAUUGCGACGAUCCGCACGAGUAUGCGCGCAUUCGUGUACGAUUAUUUACAACAAGACGGCUUUUUCAUUCUACGUUUGAUUCAUUCAAACGUGGGUGAUGAUGUGACAUCGACUAUAUUGACAAAUUUGUGGAAGAAUUUCCAACGGCCUGAAAAAAACACAACAACAUCGACAACGAUAACAACAACGGAAUCUUCGAUCGGUGCAACGGUCUCGUUGACAGCGACGGGAAAUCGAGGGUUGUACAGUCGAAAUGAAGAACAAAACAGCUCCCUAUUCGAUUAUAAUAAAACAAGUACAAAUCUUUGA